UUCUAAAAUUUCAACUCCUAGUCCCAGCGAAUCAAGCCAAACCAAGCGAAACCAACGAAGAAGAAAGGAAAAAAAGCAAAAAAAAAAAGAAGAAGCUCCAGAGCUGAAUUGAUUCUAGGUAGAAGAAGAUUGAAAUGGAAGAGGCUAAAGAACUGGCUUCGAGUUCACUGAGUCAAGGUCUGAAUCACCAUGGUUCAGACCGUGAUGACAUCCCCAAGUCCCCUCCUGGGUCCCCCAAUUCCUCUACUCGCAAGGCUUGCUAUGCUGUUCUUCAAAGUUGGGCCUCUAAGAAGUUCAUGACUGGAUGUGUUGUUUUGUUUCCAGUGGCAGUUACAUUUUUAGUGACAUGGUGGUUUAUUCAGUUUGUUGAUGGCUUCUUCAGUCCGAUUUACGCCCAUCUCGGCAUUGACAUUUUCGGUCUUGGGUUUGUCACGUCAAUCAUUUUUAUACUUUUCAUUGGGAUAUUUGCUUCUUCGUGGCUGGGUGCCACCGUUUUCUUGGUCGGGGAAUGGUUUAUUAAGAGAAUGCCAUUUGUGAAGCACUUAUACUCAGCAUCUAAACAAAUUAGUUCUGCUAUUUCUCCAGACCAAAAUACUACUGCUUUUAAAGAGGUCGCAAUCAUUCGACAUCCCCGUCAUGGUGAAUAUGCAUUUGGUUUCAUCACAUCAUCUUUAGUCCUUCAGAGAGAGAAUGGGGAUGAAGAGUUAUGCAGCGUUUAUGUCCCAACCAACCAUCUGUACAUUGGUGAUGUAUUUCUGGUCAAUUCAGAGGAGAUCAUAAGACCAAAUUUAUCUAUUCGAGAGGGCAUAGAGAUCAUUGUUUCUAUUGGUAUGACAAUGCCUCAAGUGUUAUCUCCUAUAGAAAGGAUUCCUCAUCCGAGCAACAGGCUUCCUCUUAAUAGAGUUUGAUAAAGGUACUGAAGAUAGACAAUUCUACAACACAAUGUACUGUCUGUUUUACAGUACCUUGUUGAUGUCUUUCUUCCCUUUAUCUCAUGAAGUGAAACUGUUAUUGUCUGACAACAUGAUAAUCAAAAAGGAGGCAGCAAGUUUUUUUUUUUUUUUUGUGGGGUGGGGGGAGGUGAUCUCAGUAUCUAUAUAUGUACAUUUCUUCUUUAGAAUGUGUUAUAGUGUAAAGCAACUGUCAAACACACUUCAGUUUAUACUCUUCAUGAAAGCAGUUUCAUUCGUAGGAAAUAAUGCCAGGGAACUUGUUUUCCGUACAAGGACUCUGCUUGUGUCA